AUGAAGCGCUCAUUUUUAAACAGCAGACGCAGCUCCGGAACAGCUAGUGCUGCGGUCUCUGGCAGUUUUAGCACUGCCGCUCCACGGGUACGUGUGCGACGUACUAUGGCCGAGCGAGAGGCCUUUUUACAGCGAUUGGGCAAGCCGAAAUGGGUGGUCGUCCGAAGAAGCGCACCGGAUGAGACUUUUCACAGUGUUGAUGAGUGCAUCGUCUUAUUGCAUUGCAUUGGAAUUUUGGAAUAUUUGUAA